GGCUUUCCUGAAAGCCCAGCGUUAAGGAGAGACUGGACUUUCGUCAACAAGCGCUCGGAAUGGCGACUUCAAAUGUUGUAGUAAGUUUAGGGAACGAAUUUAGUGCGUUUUUGUGAUAGAAAUUUGACCAUUCCAUUAAAGACCUUUUUUCUAACAGCCCAAAAUAUAUAGUGGCGUGAUCGAAGAAGUGAUCAAGAAUGUGCGAGACAGUUUCUUGAACGAAGGGGUCGAUGAACAAGUCCUUCAAGAAUUAAAACAGGUAAGAGAGCGGUUAAUGAGGCAGAGUAAACAAGAAAAGACAAAUCUUCAAAUUAUCGUCUUCCUGUUGAUGUUAAACAACGACCCAGUAGACAGCGCCAUAAUUCUUCCUUCACGAGAGUCGUCCACGAAUGUGCGAAAACCUGUGACGCGCAUAAAUAUUGACGAAGGAAAGAUUCAUCUAAAUUUUGCUCCUAUUCCACAUUCUGUGAAACAUUAAAAAUGUUUCAAAGAGUUAAAGGGAAAAUUUCCAUGAAAUUGUGAUUUUUGUGUUCUUUUAUUUGCUCGGUGAUUCAUUCACAGACUCAGCUGGGCUUUUUCCAGCUUUCUCUCACCAUAUGAUCAAUUUAACUCCCAAAGUGUGAAUUGACGAAUGCGCUCGUGCAGAAAGAAGCCUUCAUUUCUAAUCAAGCUUCACGAAAAUUUAUAAUCCCCAUCCUUUACCAAUCCGAUUGUUUGUCACAGUAUUUGUACCGUCAUUUUGGACGCCAUUGUUAUUCGUGUAGAGCAAGAAUUGUCGAGUACUGGCAAAGAAGGGAUUAGAGUGGUUAGGUACACAGGCUGAGCAAAAUGUGUCAUAAGGCACUGGGUCAGAGUGGUUAGUUAAUCGGGGAAGGGGUGACACAGUAUUUCGUCUGUACUUACCCGAGUUAAAAUUGGUUCUCAGACACUCUGGAUAUUCUGUAAUUUUAAUGAGAGAAAACCCCAGGAAAAUGCUGAAAUGGCAUUUCAGGUUAUUGAAAUUUAACCAAUUUGAGGGAGAACAUAUCCCCAAAUCCUUCCCUUGAAGCAUGUUUUUUUUUUCUUUUUUUUUUUUUGCAUUUGACAGUAUUUGGUAAUGCCUGAUCACUAGAUAGACUUCCUUCUACACUGAAUUUUCUUAUAACCCUUAGCCAAAAAAAAUGUGAGAUUUUUAUUUUUUAGAACUGGUGGUACACUUUUGCCAGAUGUCAAAUGUGAGAUGACUCCACAGGAAAUGUAAACAAACUGAUUGCCAAGAUCUGUCUUGGAACAAAUGGAAAUUUUUUCCAUAUUUAAAAAAUUCACUUGUCCAAGAGAGGAACCUUUAAUUUUGAUAAAUUUACCAUUUUUGUCAAUGUCUAGGGAAUUUGGGCUUGACAAGGGUAAUAAAUGAAGUCAGAAUCUUGUCAAUGUCUAGGAAAUUUGGGCUUGAUUAGGGUUAUGAAUGAAGUCAGAAUCUUGAAAAAAAUUAACACUUAAGUUUGAUUUAGAUAUGAGAUCUGCAUUUUCACCAAUUAUUUGCUAAACUUGGAUGGCUUGAAUGCCAAGCUAACUGGCUUGCAUAAUAAAUGAUCCAAGAUCACUGAUUUGUAUGAUUUCACACUUUGAGUCAAACAGCCACUCUUUUAUAUACUGAUGUAAAUCAACUUGUCCUAUUAGUAGAAGAGUACUUGUAGAUUAUUCAAAUGAAUAACAAAAUCCAUUAUUUCAAUUAUGAACUGAAGAAGAUAAACACCUUCAAAGUAAAUAGAAAGGUCAAUAUUCAAAUAUUUUACAUCAAAUCUUGCUCUAUACUAGUAAAAUUUGUUGGGACCUCACAGUAAUUUUAUUGAAAAAGAGAGAUAGGAUCCCUUUUCAAAUACUGCAUUUUCAACAAUGAGUUAAUGACUAACUUUCAUUUCUUUAGAUUUGGGAAAGUAAGCUCCUUCAGUCGAGAGCUGUAGAUUGGAUGCCAGCAGAGGGUCACCAGGUGACCAGACCACACCAGUACACUUACCCUCAUGGUCCACCUAUUGCCCGGCAAGUUCAGGAACCUAGAGAAGGUAUGAUCAUCAUAGGUCUGACUAUCAGGGGAAGGAAAAUUUUUAGAGUGCAUGUGACCUUACCUUCUACCCCUUUGAAAAAGGAUCAUUUGAAAUGUCUCAUGCAUGUGAAGCUUAUUUCAGGAUGCAUAUCUAUUAUGAACAUAGCAAUGGGUUACAUGUAGUUUGCUGAAGAGUUCUCUUUAAGGCAGUGGUAGAGCAUGGCAAAGCUGGAUCAGAAGCCAUGGGGUUCAAUUCCUUGUGUUGUGUUUUGUCCACUCUCAUGACCAUAUGAUUAACCCUUUCACUCCAAACAUCUUGUUAGUAAUUCUCCCUACUGUCAGCUACACAAACCUUAUGAUGUUUGUUUGGAGAAUUUGGUAUUGGAUCAAGUAAUAAUCCCCCUAAUUGACCUUUUUCUUCAUUCUCAUCUCUUGUCUGCAAAAUAUUGUUUUGAUGUUGUUAGGAGAAAUCCACCUUGGUCAUUCAUGGGAAUUAUAGGGAUAACAUCUUUUGUCUUGUCAUUCCUGAGCUCACAGUAAAUCCUUUUUCUUUUUCUUAUGCCUAUUUGUGGUGAAGACAAGACAAAUGUGGGUGUCUUGUGCAUGUGGAUUCAAGGUUUUUCUCAUUUUGUUGAAUAACUACAAUUUAAAUAAACAGACCUCAUUAAUGGUUGUUUAUAACUUUUGAUUUUUAUAGUAAAUAUUGCUCCUGCAGCUGUAACUGUACCUGAAGCUGCAACUCCCCAGCAAGCAGCCAGUGGACACACAGCUAUAUUGUACCCAUCAACUCAUGCUCAUGCACUUAGUCAAAUGGUAUGAGAAGCAGUGUUUGUUGAAUGUGCAAUGGAUUUUUUAAGUAUAUAUGAUCAUUAUAUAUAUAUAUAUAUAUAUGUUUUUUUUCAAAGAACAAAGAUAUUACACUGCUGCAGAUGUGAUCAAUAAAUGCGAGUUGUCAUUAAUUUUUUCUAAGUUUUCACCGAUCCUCUGCUUCAUCAGAGUGGUGAUGCUCAUGGGGACUCAGAAUUAUUUUUUUUGUCUUAUACUGGUGAUAAGAGGAAAAACACCUUUCCCCUCCUCUUCAUCUAUUCCUGUUGCGAAAAGAGGGUAGUUUCCAUUGUGAUAAAUGAAAGAGAGCACCUCUCCAUUAUUUUUGUGUUUUUGCCUCUUACAAAAAUGUACAGGUAUUUAGGUGAUUUCUGUUAUACAUGCCUUGGUUAUAAGUCAGGUUAAUAUCAUUGUUUACUUUAGACAGCUGCAGCUUCAGCAGCAACAAUGGCCAUUCCUGAAAACCUGUCCCAAAUUCAGCAAGGUAGUACAUAUGGUGAGCUUGUUGGACACAUUAUUAUUAUUAUUAUUAUUACUAUUAGUAUUGAUUUUGUUAAUGGUAAUGAAACAACAGAUGUACAUGUACAAUACAUUCUGUGCAAUGUACACAUUGUAGUCAUGGGGUCGUGGAAAAUUAUGAAAGGCGUGGAAUUGUACAAUAUCAUUGUCCUGCUCAGAGGUUCAUGGAAUUUGUGCUUGGGUUAUUUGAACUCUUUGAAAAUGAAAGAAAUAUGAUAUUUUUUAGAAAAACUUUAGGAAAAUUGUCGUCAUUACUUAAUCAUUUUCAUCUGACUUUGGGCAUAACAUCUGCAUCUUACAACCUGUAGGGUCAUUGAUAGUCACUGACUAUUAUUUUAUAAUUUUGAAAUAGUACAAAACUUUUAAAAUGUGUUUAGUUGUAGACCACAUUUUUUUAUUCUUUAUUUUAUUUGUACUUUAAACAGUAUAUCCCACCGUGAGGACAAUACACUCAACACCACAAGUUGGAAACCUUCAACAGCAAGUUAUAAAUGCUACACAACCUCGCACAAUUACUGGAACUCAACAAGUCAUUCAUGCACAACCCCAAACUGCAAUUGUCCAUGGCGCUCAGACAUCUGCAGCCAGAGUCCCACAGCAGGUUAUCCAAAUGGCUCAGUUACCGACAGGAAAUAAACAUGUUAGUAGAGAGCUACUGUUAUUAGUAAAACCUUUAAGAGGCACAACCUUGUUAGGGUGACUCCUUGGAGGGGGGUGGGGGUGGUUGUGUAGUCUAGUUUCAGGACUAGGAGUCCAAGGGAGGAUUGCAAGGGCAUUGCCUUGUGCAUGUACAUUUGCUCAUUUUUCUUUACUGCUUUACUUCCCUCCACCCCCUCCUUCAACUUUUUAUUGUAUUUGUACUGGGGUUGGCAGUGGGUCCAUUGUGAAGGUGACCUCCUUGUUGCCAGGAAGAUUGCUGCUCUUCUCUGUCACUACCUUAGUGGCACCUACCUUCCAAUACUAUAAAUGAAGCAUUUUAACUUGUAUUUUCCUAUACAACAAACCCUAUGAACCCUCUCACCCAUAAGAUCAAAAUUUUAAAUUAUCUGCACUUUCUGUCAUAAUUAUAUUUCUUUUGAUUUUUGCUUUGAGAAUUGCUAAAUCAAACAAUAUCCUUAAGUUGAUAUUUUUGUCUCUUCUCAACUCAUUUCUGCCGAAAAUGUGUUGAUACUUGAAAGACAAAUUUUCCUCUGGGACUAAAAGGUUUAGAUUUCCCCUUAACCUCACUGUGCACAAACACACGUAUACCUAUAGACAAAACUUAUGGUUUACUCUACCAUUUGCAGUUUUAUCCAAAAAAAAUUAACAAACACUUAAAAAAAAUAGAGGAAGAUACUUAUCAUCUUGUCACAAGCGUAGAGCAAUAAAAACCUCUGAGUUCCCAGAGUCUCUGUGGCUCAGUGGUAGAGCAUCGGAGCGUGGAAUCCGAAGGUCUGAGGUUCGAUUCCUUGUGAGGACUCGGAAUUUUUUCUUUGUCCCACGCUCGUGACAAGACGAUAAAAAUCUUUCCCUAUUUCUCUACCGAGCUCAAAACUUACCAUCCCUCUUGUUCUAUUUAAACCAAACAAAAUUAUUUCAUCUCUUUUUUUUAAUCCUUUUCUUUUCUACAAUGAAUUUAUUUGAAAAAUAAAUUUGAUAUCUGCUUUUCAGCCUUCAGGGGUACCAGUCAUUCAAGUUGAUGGGGCUAAUGAUAGUGACAGUGAUGAUGAUGACGACGAUGAUGAUGAUGACGACGACGAAGACAAAAAAGACAAAUCUCAAGAUGGAGGAGAAGAAGGAGCUGAAUUAGAAGUUUGUACAGUUUAUUAGGGAUUAUACAUGUAAAAAUUUCCAGUGCAGUCGGUUGUAAUCCAAUUGUGUGGGGCUUGUCAAUGUCUGUGUAUGUGCGCUAGGUGCAGCUGCUAGGCAAGUGAGAGGUUUAAAUGGACAUGUAAGUGUAUUAGUGCUACGGAAACAGGGUUGACCGACAUUUGUUUAAACCGUUAGUCCCUAAGAGUGGCUAGCAUCCAAUUUCUUCUCACUCUACCUCCAUUGAAUCCAACAAUAAGGUCAUAAUAACAAUGAAGUUCUUGAUUGUUUUAAUAAAUGAUCCUACAUGUUUUAGUACAGUGUGGAGAACACAGUGGAGAUGUGGAUACUGAUGUUGAGGCGUGAAGUGUUAGUUGGUCUUGUAACGUUUUUAUGACCACUCAAAGUGUUUUUGGUGUGCGGUAAACUUGUUAAUUUGACAGAGUUUCUAUUACCUAACAUGUUCUAUAUCACACACACUGGAGACUGAUGUAGUGGUAUCGUGGGUGAUUCUACCAGCAUCUGCUUCAAGUUAUACUCAGAGUCUCUCUUUUAGGCUUUAAUGCAAGACAGCAACCUGUAACCCUAACAAUCUCUCUUCACCUAAAACUACGAGCUGGACCAGUUCAUUGACUAGAAAACAUGUACACAUAGGCGCUCGUUUGGUAUUAGCCAGCGAGAGGGUCCAUAUUAAUGACACUGCAGAACGCGCGGUUCUCCGCCCGCGGGAAAAUUCGAGACGAGUGGGGGAGAAGUUUGCCAGGGGUCUUGCUCCAGUAUUAGUGUUAGACCCCCUGCAGACCUCUGGCUGACUCGCUUUGCUCAAGGCGUCUUACUUUCUCGCUGGCGAGAAAACGCUCGCGCGGAAGCACUUCUACCAAAGGCUUGGGGCCUAGGAAAAGUUAGAAUGGAAGGUUAUGAUAAACGCACUAAUAAAUGUUCUCUCGUUGGAACCUGCCACUGUAUUUAUCACGUAAUUCUGCUUCUUUCUUUUCACUCGAGCAAUUUUGAAAGUCAAACAAAAUGCUUAGCGAUUACUUCUGUUAGUAUUUUGCGGAAAUAAUUUAUAUUCUUUAUGUGAAAUCUUUAAAUUAUAGGACGAAGAUCCUCUUAAUUCAGAUGAUGACGUGUCUGAUGAUGAUCCCACGGAUUUGUUUGACACAGAUAACGUUGUCGUGUGUCAGUUUGACAAGGUAAGUGCGUGAUCAUGAACAAUCUAUUCUGCAAUACUGAAAAUUUUAUUUCGUGAGUGUUCCCCGUCUGAGAUACAACAAACUUUCUCUCUGGGAUAUGCGGUUUAGUCCAGACUCCGUCUUUUCUAGGACAGCGUCCACUUAACAGGCUGAACAUUACUCUUUGGUUCUGAUCUGAUUCCUUCACGGCAAAGAGAAACCCUCCAAAAAUUUCCCUCGCUCUCAACGCAGGCUUCGUAGCUCAGUUGGCAGUAACCACCCAACUAGUAUCAAGGAGGCACGGGUUCAAAUCUCGUCGAGGCCGAGUAUUUCCAGGUUACUUUCCUAUAAUUGCUGAAACUGCAGUCCAGCUGCAAGGAUCAUUUCUUUGCUUGACUUUAUGAUUCCUUACUUUCAGAUUGCGCGCUCGCGAAACAAGUGGAAGUUCCACCUGAAAGACGGAAUUAUGAAUCUGAAAGGAAAGGACUACGUGUUCCAAAAGGCAAAUGGCGAAGCAGAAUGGUAGCCUAUAUGAUGGGCGUUAGUUAUCAUUAAUUGUUAAAAAGUAUCAAAAGUGUAAAAAUAGAAGCGAAAAAUUUUUAAGAGAUCCAAUAACAUGAAAACUCGUUCAAUCAUUUCUGUUCCAUUUGACAUCUGAAUUGAUGGCUCGUUGACAUUGUCGUCUGAACGUGUGUGAGUGGAAAAUUAUGCAAACAUUAUGAAUUUGUGUUUUGUUCAUGUUCUUGUACACUUAGUCUACACUACUCAGUUGUUAAAGGACGCCUGCUGCUUAAGAUCUCCAUGCUGUU